CUACUUCUCUUAACAAUCAUCCACAACUAUAACCGCUUAAGCCAAAAAAAUGUUUUGUCCUCAGCUAAGCCACAUGGACUUUCUGCAGCUCAUAUUCCUAAUCUCCAUUGCCAUACCCCUGAGCUUUUCUUUGAACUUCCAAGCUGAUAGCCAUGAGAAUAGCUUGAAUUCUCAUACAACUUAUCAAAACUCUUCCUUGAGAGACCACAUACUUGGGUUGGCUAAUGAUGCCAAAACAGUAGAUUGGAUGAAGAAGGUGAGGAGAGAAAUUCAUGAGCACCCAGAACUUGCAUAUGAAGAAUUCAAGACAAGUGAGGUCAUUAGGCGUGAGCUUGAUGAGCUUGGUGUUAAGUACCGGUGGCCUGUGGCACAUACAGGCGUAGUAGCUACCAUUGGGUCUGGUUCUCCACCCUUUGUUGCUCUUAGAGCAGAUAUGGAUGCUUUGCCAAUUCAGGAAUUGGUAGAAUGGGAACACAAGAGCAAAGUAGAGGGCAAAAUGCAUGCCUGUGGGCACGAUGCACAUGUAGCUAUGCUCCUGGGUGCUGCAAAGAUACUGCAAGAGCUGAGACACAAGUUACAGGGUACUGUUAUUCUUAUAUUUCAACCUGCUGAAGAGCGUGGGGAAGGUGCAAAAGACAUGAUCAAAGAAGGGGUGCUUGAAAAUGUAGAGGCCAUUUUUGGGUUGCACUUGGUGCAAAGGUACCCUGUUGGUGUUGUUGCAUCACGUCCGGGAGAAUUUCUAGCUGGGUGUGGCAGCUUUAAAGCAAAGAUCAGUGGGAAAGGUGGUCACGCGGCAAUUCCACAACAGUCCAUUGAUCCAAUUUUGGCUGUAUCAACGUCAGUAAUCAGCUUGCAAAAUAUUGUGUCAAGGGAGAUAGACCCCUUGGAUUCUCAGGUGGUUUCUGUUGCCAUAAUCCAAGGAGGGACAGCAUUUAACAUCAUCCCAGAGUCUGCUACAAUAGCUGGGACUUUUAGGGCUUUCAGCAAGAAAAGCUUCCUUUCUCUCAGGGAAAGAAUAGAAGAGGUUAUAAAAGGGCAGGCAGCAGUACAGCGUUGCUCUGCUGAGAUUGAUUUCUCAGGAAAGGAACAUCCCACAAUUCCCCCAACUAUAAAUGAUGAGAAAAUUUAUGAACAUGUGCGCCUUGUCUCGAGUGAGAUAGUAGGAGAAGAAAACACAAAAUUAGCUCCUUCCUUCAUGGGGAGUGAGGAUUUCGCUUUCUACUUGGAUAAGGUACCUGGAUCAUUCCUAUUUUUAGGCAUAGAAAAUGAAAAGAUUGGAGCUGCAUAUCCUCCACAUAGCCCUUACUUUUUCAUCGACGAGAAUGUACUUCCCAUCGGAGCAGCAAUGCAUGCAGCAUUUGCACAUUCAUACCUUUCAGAUUUAACAAGGAAGCUGCAUUCUCCUUUCUAAUAAUAAGGUCCUAUAGACAUUUUUUUUUUCUUCACAUUCUUCUUCAAAUGAUUCUUUUUAGGUGGUAUAUUACAAUUAAUCAUGCUCUUUUUUAGCUUUAUUUACAGCCAUAAAAAAUUUAUUUUAAAAAAAAAAACACUGCUAUUGAAUAUUGUUGGUUCUUAUCCAAAUGUAACAUUUUGGACAUGGGGGUCCACAGAAAAUGUUGAAGGCGCCCAAAUCCAACUACCUAAACUAUACAUACCUUGAUGAUGAUUGAAUAGUGAUACACUGUUGUAUUCCACUUUGGCCGUUGGGCAACCCCAGAAAUCAAAGUUCCAAUUUUUGACUAA